CAACAACGAGAGUGAUUCUACCCUCUGCUACUUGAUUUCUUGAAGAUAGACAUUAACACAAAAUGUGUUUAUCGCAGUAGUUUUUGUAGUUCGCCUACCAUUUCUCCGGAAAACGCAAAAGGCAAGCGGCAGAACAUGGCUGCGUGCGCCAUCAAAAUCCACGCGCAGCGCACAGAAAAUUCUGGUCUUUCAGCGGCUGUCCUCAACGUUUUGAGGCUAAUCAUAGCCUUGAGUUUGCUAAAGUAGCUUGGCAGUUUACUUUAAUAUGAGAUUGUUUAAGUACUGGAGACAGACAGAUGAAGGGAAAUGGCCAAAUUGACUCCACGGAAACUUUCUGUGGUGUGCCUCUGUGUUUCAGCAUUUGUCUUCCUUGUCAUAACAUUCCAGGUGGUGGAGGAGCUUGGCCAGUUAGAUGGCUCCGCCAAACUCCGAAGGAGACCACAGCAGGAUGGCAGUGCUGUGCUCCAUGAUGAGAUGGAAGCCAUGGGCUCUGAGAGCCACCAGUACCCAGUGGUGGUGUGGUGGUCCCCCCUCACAGGUGAACAGGGGCGGCUGGGGGAGUGUGGUGCCAACAGAUGCUUCUUCACCAUCAACAGGUCUUACUAUUCACACCCCUCCACUCAGGCCUUCCUCUUCUAUGGCACUGACCUGAAUGUGGAGAGCCUUCCCCUGCCCAGGCUGGCCCACCACCAGUGGGCGCUCUUCCAUGAGGAGUCCCCAAAGAACAACUACAAGCUCUUCCAUGAGCCCGUCAUCACGCUCUUCAACCACACGGCCACCUUCAGCCGCCACUCGCACCUGCCGCUGGUCACCCAGUACCUGGAGAGCCUGUCGUCCCUCACCUCCCACGCCCACCUGGUACCGCUGUCCAAGAAGAACCGGCUGCGUGGAGGCGAGGAGGGCCUGGCACCCGUCGCGUACGUGCAGUCCGACUGCGACCCGCCGUCCGACCGCGACGUGUACGUGGCCGAGCUAAUGCGCCACAUCCCCGUGGACUCGUACGGCCGGUGCCUGCACAACCGCGAUCUGCCCGCUGCCCUGCGCGAGUCCACUGCCAUGGACGAGCCGGCGUUCCAUCAGGCGCUGGCGCGCUACAAGUUCAUCUUGGCGUUUGAGAACGCAGUGUGCGAGGACUAUGUGACGGAGAAGUUGUGGCGGCCGCUGAAGCUCGGCGUGGUGCCCGUCUACUACGGCGCGCCCAACGUACGACAAUGGCUGCCUAGCAACCACAGCGCCGUGGUCGUCGAACCCGAUACCGACCCAAAGCAACUGGCGGAGUACGUGAAGAGGUUGGACGAGAACGACGAGGAGUACCUGACCUAUCUGGAGUGGAAGCACCGGCGGGAAGUGACCAAUCAGGAGCUGGUGUCGGCCAUGAAGCUCCGCCCAUGGGGCGUGCAGGACAUCACGCAGAGCAACUACAUAGACGAGUUCGAGUGCAUGGUGUGCAACAGGCUAUGGGAGAACAUCAACAGUGAAAAACAGGGUCUGGCACCAAAAACCUGGCAAGCACAAGCGGACCACUUGAGAUGCCCUCGGCCGGGGCUGUUUGACUUUGAGGUGGCUCGCCCCUCAGACGGGCCCUCUCUCAGGAGCAUCUGGAGGCCCAGCUACGACCAGUCUGUCAAAGAAGCCAGAGCUCUCCGCCGACUAGUCAUGAGGAACAAGAACUUCACAGUGGCACAGUUUUGGAAAGAGGUGUUUGGCUUUUAGCUAUAUCUAAACUGCCAUGCAAAGGCAAAGUGCAGUAACUAUGCCAACAUGGACACUGAGGAAAAAUGUCUUGGUAUUAGUUUGGAUAUUGUAAUGGCAUCAAAUUUGAUUUGGCAAUAUCUCUUCAAAUUGACUGCUAAGUGUGAAUACUGUAUGUAAGCAGAAGAUACAGUACAAUGGAAUAUCGUAUUUAAGCACUGUUGAGAGAUGAAGGGCAUACACUUCUUACAAUUAAGCAAUAAGCCAUGAGAGGUCAUGGGUUUGUGUUUGAUUUGUCACGGCUAAGGGGAGUUGGAGCCCGACCAGAUGCACAGUCUUAGAUGGCCAAUUUAGCCACUGCACACAUAUCAUCAGUAAACCUAAUGGCUUGACUAAUGUUAAUCUUGAGGAUUUCUUUCUCCUUCAUUUAAUUGCAAGACAUAUCACAUUCUUUUAUAAGAAUUAAAUUCUAUUUUCAGAGGAAACACUCUAUGCACUGUUCUUGCUGUAAUGCACUAAUGUACCUCAUGUAAAUGCCGAUCUGCUACUCUGUCACACAACUAUGUGUCUGAAGAUUUUAAUUUCGAAAGUCUUUGAAUGCAUUAAUAAAUGUGCUCUGUAUUUUGAGCUUUAUCACAGAUAUUUUAUGUAACUUUUAUAAAAGGAGAUGUUGUUUCACAAUGGAAAAGUAAACCCUGUUUUUGUCAAAGCUUUUUUGAAAGACUUGUGUUGAAUGAUCAUUGAUUUGGGCGCGCCACUUGAUUAAAAUCAAAUGUAUUGGAAAAUGAA